AUGUAUUCCAAGGUUCUUUUAGUAGCCACUAUUCUGGCCGCAGCCACGGCUAGACCUCAAGAGGGCCAUGGCCAUGGACACGACCACGGCCAUGCGGUUUCAUCUCAAAGCAUCGUAUUACACACGAGUCACGGACAUGAACAUCAGCCGCAUCACGCUCCAGCCCACCACCAAAUACUUUUAACACAGCACGCGGGACACCAUGAUCAUGAAGAGUUGCACCAUGGAGUUCAUUUAGUGCAACACCACGAUCAUGAACAUCACCACGGACAUGUCGACCACCACGUCGACUAUCACGCUCAUCCUCAAUACGCCUUUGAGUACAAAGUAGAGGAUCCUCACACCGGCGACAACAAGUACCAGCACGAGACCCGUGACGGUGACGUCGUGAAGGGCGUGUACAGUCUGCACGAAGCCGAUGGUACCAUCAGGACUGUUGAGUACAGCGCCGAUAAACACAGCGGAUUCAACGCAGUUGUGAGACGCGAGGGUCAUGCUCACCAUGUUGUACCUGAACAUCACCAUCAUCACUAAUAAUCGAUCUCGAUUUCACCAACGGAUGAGUCCGUAUACAAAUAAAAUAUUAAUGUAUUAUGAUAAAA